AUGAGCGCGGCAGACAAGGAAAAGACAGCUUUCUCAAGUCAUUGCGGGCUGUACCAGUUUAGGGUCAUGCCGUUUGGGCUUUGUAAUGCCCCGUCGACUUUUGAACGUCUAAUGGAGAGAGUCCUCCAUGGGCUACAGUGGCAGAUAUGUCUUGUGUACCUAGAUGACGUCAUUAUAUUCUCCAAGACAUUUGAGUCGCACAUUGACAGACUGGGAGUGGUGCUAGAUCGCAUAAGGCAGGCCGGACUGAAGCUCAAGCCGGAUAAAUGUCAUCUGCUUCAGGAGGAGGUUUCCUACUUGGGGCAUAUUGUCUCAAAAGGGGGAGUCAAGACAGAUCCAAGCAAGACGCGGCAAAUCGAGGAAUGGCCAGUACCAAGAAACAUACAGGAGGUGAGAAGUUUCUUGGGCCUGGCAUCAUACUACAGAAGGUUUGUAGCUUCCUUUGCAGAAAUCGCCAGACCACUUCACAAGCUCACAGAAAAAGACAAGGACUUCAGGUGGACGCAUGACUGCCAAUUGGCUUUCGAACAACUGAAACAGCGGCUCACUUCUGCUCUGGUUUUGGCAUACCCGAAGCUUGACCCAGAAUUCAUUCUGGACACCGACGCCAGCAAUAGCGGUAUAGGUGCUGUUCUUAGCCAACUGCAAGAUGGUCAGGAGCGCGUAAUUGCUUACGCCAGUCGUGCCUUGUCAAAGCCAGAGCGAAAUUACUGUGUAACGAGAAAGGAGUUGCUUGCUGUCGUACACUUCAUCAAACACUUUCGACCUUACUUAUAUGGGUGCCGCUUUCUUCUUAGAACAGAUCAUGGAUCUCUCCGAUGGCUCUUCAAUUUCAAAGAACCAGAGGGGCAGGUUGCAAGAUGGCUGCAAGUGCUGGCAGAAUAUGACUUCAAUAUUGAACAUCGACCGGGACGCAAGCACAGCAAUGCCGAUGCCAUGUCAAGAAGGCCGUGCACUUGUACACGGUGUAAGGGCAUCCAAGUUGAGCAAGGAUACGACAGCGGGGAACAGCCAUCGCAUGAGGGACGGACACAAGUUAAGGGAGACCAGCACCAUAGCACAAAGGAGAAAUGCCAACAAAUAGAAGGGCUGUGGAAAUUUCAAGAGCAAGAUCCAGACCUGCCAACUGAACCAGUCCAUUCACUACUUGCGCAGCAUCAUACACACAGUUCAGACAGCAGUCAGUUCAUUCGUGAGGUGUCGUCUUUCUGUUGGCUGAAAGGUUUCACUGCUUCGGAGUUGAGAGAAAAACAAACAGGUGACCCGACUCUGCAGAAGAUCAUAGGCUGGCUGGAAAGUGGAAAUCCACGACCAACUUGGAGAGAGGUGUCUGCUGAGGGUACAUGGCUCAAAACCUUAUGGGGGGCAUGGCAGCAGCUUUGUUUGCACGACAGAGUGUUAUACAGGCGUUGGGACGAGGAUGAUCGGCACCACUCUCGGUGGCUUCUAGUAGUCCCCAGGUCCCUCCGUGCGGAGGUUUUCAAGCAACUUCAUAACGACCAUACAGCUGGCCACCUCGGCAUUAACAAAAUGCAUGCAAAGGUGAAGUCCAGAUUCUUCGUAGAGGACUUGAGAGACUCAGUGGUGACGUGGUGUACCCAAUGCCUCCAAUGUGCCAAACGCAAACCUCCUCCCAACAGGGGCAGAGCACCAAUUAGACAACAGGUCUCAGGGGUUCCGAUGGAAAGGGUCGCCAUUGAUAUUACAGGACCAUUUCCAAUUACAGAAACAAGAAAAAACCGAUACAUCCUUGUCAUCACGGACUACUUCUCUAAGUGGACGGAGGCCUUUCCCCUACAGGAUGUUACAGCCCAGACGGUUGCCAAUGUCUUUGUCAGAGAGUUUGUUUCUCGAUUUGGUGUACCGCGACAGCUGCAUAGCGACCAGGGUCGCCAAUUCGAGAGCAGGCUGUUUCAAGAGAUGUGUGUACUCCUUGGAAUAGAUAAGACCAGGACAAGUCCUCACCAUCCCCAAAGCGACGGCCAAGUGGAACGAUUCAAUCGCACGCUUAAAGACAUGCUGAGCGCCUAUGUUGCUGAAAAUCAGUUGGACUGGGACCUUCAUUUACCACAAGUGAUGAUGGCAUAUCGGGCAUCAGAGCAUAGCAGCACUGGACAAACACCCAACUAUCUCACUUUUGGUAGGGAAGUAGAACUGCCGGUAGACGUGGUUUUAAGAUCCCCAGAAGAACCCCAAGAAAUCACUGAAUAUGCCAUACACCUGAGAGAAAGAAUGCACGAGGCCCACGAGAAGGCACGAGUACACCUUCAUAAGGCCGCAAAGCACCAAAAGCGGAAUUACCAAGUAGCAGGCAAGCCGAAGUGUCUGGAACCAGGGACUGCUGUGAUGUUGACAGUUGAGCAAAGAACUGUUGGGCUGUCUCCCAAGCUCCAGCCAAGAUGGGAAGGCCCAUACCUUGUAACUGAAGUGCUAAAUGAUGUCAACGUCAGAAUCCAACGAGGAUCACGCCAUAAGCCCAAAGUUGUCCAUAUUAAUCGUUUGAAGCGCUUUGUGGGUGAAGUGGACAAGUCAUGGUGGAUGCCAAAGAGCCCUGCAUUACAGCAACUUCCUGGGUCCGAGGAGCUCGAAGAGGAGGGGGAAGAGGAAGCCCCUCGAGUUGUUCUGCAGACGGAUUCUUCUGGUGGAGGCAAGGAGAGCCAAGAGGCUACCACAGAAGGGUUCUCACAGGACUCGGCAGAAGACCACAACAUGCAGGAACAUAUGGAAAUCGUCAAUGGAGAGAUAGGGGAUCCACCAGUUGCUGAACCUAAGAAAGUUUCAGACACAGACGGUCAUCAGGAAUGGCACAACAGAAAACGUCGACCUCCUCAGCGUUAUGGCGAAUGGACCGAAUAA